AUGGAACUUCAUGUAAGCUAUGCAAUAAUCUUCAAAGAUAAUUGUGUACCUGAGUCCGAAGGUGCGAAAAUCAACAACGGAGUACGUUUGAGGAAUGUACCCACCGAUACGUUCAGAAAAUGUAGCACGAAUUGGCCUGCAAUGACGGAUUUUGGCCUCGUCAGCAUUAUCACCAAUGAGUCGGCGCCUUCGAUUGUUUCAUGGAAAACGUAUGGUGACCUCCCCUCCCAUACUGGCACCGAACAUUCUUGUAAUUAUAUCUUGGUCAGUGGGGUCGAUAUCAUUAUCCUCCUUCCGGAAUUUGGAAUCAGGAUAUUUCCUAUUCAGCUUCUCGCCAGCGGUGAGCGAAAGGUAAAGGCUAGGAGAGAAACGGUUCUUCAAGUCCCUCCAGCGACACGCAAGCUUCUGGUUUCCGCUGUCCGCUAUAAUCAUGCAGCGAUGAGCUUGGGUAUGUCAGCGGAAGAGGACAGUGGAAGACAAACUAAUGCAGAGGUUGAAUUUAUUCCCAGCACGGUCCUUUCCAGCCGAGUCGGCGUCGACGGGAAUUUGCCAGUCGCCGGCCAAGAACUGUCGGCGCUGGAACCUGAUCCCUGCCUUGACGAGAUCGAGGUGAACGAAGUAAAGGGUUGCCAGAUGUUCGGUGUCAGUGUUGCCGCGUAUAUUAAACACAUAGUCGGAGCUCGAGACGGACGAGGAAUUCUCUUAGCUCGAGUCAUUGAAGAACAUGAAGACGCAUACGAAGAGAGGAAAGUCAUCAAAUGGCCCGUUAUGCAUGAACGUGUAUUUUCUGUUGACAGUUCCUUGUGUCCCUACUUCAAACAAGUUAAAGCCAAAGACUUCUCAACCAUCAUCCUCGUCAACGCCUCGGGGCACGAGUUUAUUCAAAAGCAGUUUAAUCAGCUCAUGCUCUGCCCUUACUCCAUGGGUGUAUACGCUGCAGAGACUACGGUGGCCAUUGGAUGGUUCGCUCACCGAGCCCUGCACCCUCAAAGCUUGCUGGACUCGUAUUCACCCUCGCUACCUGGAUGUAUAAGCUGCAGAAGCUACGGUGGCCACUGGAUGGUUCGCUCACCGUCCCCUGCACCCUCAAAAAUACUGUCCGACCCCAACCCCUACCUCUGCCGGAUUCUCUAUCUCCCAUUCGCCUGCACCUCCAUACCCAAGUUCACCCCUGCCCUCGGCAUCCCCAAUUUCAACAUAGUUUUAAAGGGAAAGAAGGACAGAUGA